CAUCACAGGGCGUCUUUGUCCGUGUCGCCUCUCCGCUGGAAAGAAGAGAGCCAAACUCUCAGAUUGCUCGUCUCCCUCCUGUCGCAGUAAGAGUCUGAGAAACUGCUUUCGCCGCAUCUCAAUUGAACCCGAGAUCCAUGGUUCUACUACAGCCGGACCCGUUUCUUAAUGAGCUCACAAGCAUGUUUGAGCACAGCACGGAGAAAGGCUCGGUUUGGGUCACUCUCAAACGAUCAUCCUUGAAGUCUAAGGUACAGAGGAAUAAGAUGAAAACUGCUGGUGAACCUCUUGACUACCGGUGCCUCAUUCGUGCAACCAAUGGCAAGAAGACCAUCUCUACUUCGGUUGGGGCAAAGGAUCACCAGAAGUUUCAAGCAUCUUAUGCAACAAUCCUCAAGGCUCACAUGACAGCUCUGAAGAAGAGGGAAAGGAAGGACAAAAAGAAGGCUGCAGAUGCAACAACGAAUAAGAAAGACGGGGAGAGCUCGAAGAAGAGACCUAAGAAGGUGUGAUGAUGUUUUAGCCUGUAAAAUCCCAAUUAUCAAAAUUAUGUAGUUUGCGUCUUUCUUUUUACAAGGAGCAGAAGGGUUGAUAGGUUUUUGAGGGAAGAAGUACAGAAUUGUCCAUUUUGUUUUGGUGCAAUGCAGAUUGCUAGCAGGUUUUUUUUGUUUUUGUUUUGGAUUGAAUGCCCUUCUCCAAGGAUCCAUCUUUAGUGACUACAGAAUUUGGUCUGAUCCCAUUUUUGUGCCGCCACUUGAGGUAUCAAAACGAUAAUGACUUCGAAGAUGUUUCCUAUUUGACUUGAUCCUC